AUGGCUCUUCCUAAAUCAAACCCUAAGAAAUCAGAAGCCAUGAAGAUGAAGAGGGUUGCUGAUGCUAUGAAGCCUCAGAAAACGGCCAUGGCCAAGAGAUGCUCCGCUCUGAGGAAGAAGAAGACCAACGAACUCUCUAAGCUGAGGAGGGUUUUGGCCGAAAAGAGUUUCUGGGAAAUUGUUGAGGAUCGAAAAAAUUGGGAUUUGGGUAUUCAAGAUGAUUGCUUGGGGUCCAAGUUAGAGGCUUUGAACGAAAGGAUUGGAGCUGUGAUGAGGAAGAUGAGGAUCGUGGAGAGUUCUGUGGAACCGGAAGCCGCAGAUCAACAACUACCCUAUAAUGGUUUCGAAUUUGAUGAUUAUGAGCCAACGGUUGAUACUCUUGAUGAUUUUCUCAGUUGGGUAUUGGGCGGUGAUCAUCAUAACGAUAUUGCUGUAAUGGAAGAUGAUUUGCGACUCUAUGAUCUUGACACAAUGUUGCCAGAAGAACCACAACAGCCGGAGCAGCAAACACUUUCUGUGCAAAGUAUGGAUAGUAUUACUAGUGAUGAUGAUUUGAGGUUGCUUUUGAGUGAAUGUGAGACUGGUUUGAUGCAAGAAGAUUUGCAGUUUUGUGAUGAUGACCUGAGCCAUUUUUUGGCCCCUCUUGAAACAAUGUUGCUACAACACCCACAGGAGCAGCAGCCUAUUAAGUUUUAG